AUGGUGAUGCCGAAGUCACGUCUGGUGGUUUUGCUUGGAGGACUGGUCGCUGGACACGGUCUGCGCCGUCAAAUAACCAUUGAUUAUACAAGUGCUCCUCUCAAUCUUUCGACACUGGCCAACAACUCACUAUACUCAACAUGGCGUCCCAGAGCACACGUUCUCCCUUCCUAUGGUCAAAUUGGUGACCCGUGUAUGCACUAUACAGAUCCGAAGACCGGUCUGUUUCACGUGGGCUACCUCCACGAGGGCGCGUCCGGCGCCACGACUGGCGACCUUGUCACGUACGAUGAUCUGAAUCUGAAUUCAUCACCUUUCAUUCGUCCGGGCGGCAUCAACGACCCGGUAGCAGUGUUCGACGGAAGUGUAAUCGAACGUGGGAUCAACGGGACACCAACCCUACUCUAUACAAGCGUAAGCUAUCUUCCAAUCCAAUGGACGGUGGCAUAUACCAAAGGCAGCGAGACACAAUCCCUAGCUAUUGCGACAGACGGCGGUCUGAACUUCACAAAACUGGAACACGGUCCGGUAAUUCCAAGCCCGCCUUUCGCUGUGAAUGUAACUGGCUUCCGCGACCCAUUCGUGUUCCAAAGCCCUCAGAUCGACGGCCUACUGAAGAAGGCGAAUGGUACUCAUUACACGAUCAUUUCUGGCGGAGUGCAUAGCCAAGGCCCGAGUCUCUUCCUAUAUGCUGAAUACGGCGAUGAAGCCGGCAACUUCCAAACCUGGGAGUAUCUCGGUCAGUGGUGGCAUGAGGAAGCCAACACUACAUGGACAGAGGAUGGUUGGGCCGGACGCUGGGGCUUCAAUUUCGAAGUCGGCAACUUUUUCGCUCUGAGCCGGGACGGCUUUGACCCCAACGGCGAGCUCUUUGUCACGCUGGGCGCAGAAUGGAGUUUCGAUCCCAUCGUACCUCAGGUCUCUGACAACCGAGAGAUGCUGUGGGUGGCCGGCACGCAAUCACUGGUCAAUGGCUCACUCAGGUUCGAGCCAACUAUGGCUGGAAGACUGGACGCUGGGCGAUCGGCAUAUGCUGCUGCAGGCAAGGCUGUGCUCUCGACCUCCCAAGCUAGCCAGAAAAGCGGCGCACCUGACCGCUUUCUGACUUACCUCUGGUUGACUGGAGAUUUCUAUGGUACGCUUGAAUUUCCCAAAGCGCAACAAAACUGGACUGGAUCACUCUUACUCCCGAGGGAGUUGUCUGUAGGUUACGUAAACGUCGUCGACAAUGAACUCGCAAGGGAAAAGGGAGCGUGGAGAAUCGAGACCGAACAUGACAACGGAACGCUGACGCUAGCAACACUACAUCAACAAAUCGCGCGGGAGCCGCUGGCUGCGUUCAAAUCCAAUGCUACCAAGCUCAUCACGCAGCCUGGAUGCCGCAGAUCAUCAGGCGCUCGCUUCGAUGUUAGCCCCGAGAGCAAGCACUAUGUGCUCUCCACGUCCAUAACCUUCCCUGCACGGGCUGACGAGAUCAAAGCUGGUUUCGAGAUUCUCUCCGGGGCUCACGAGACCACGCGUAUCUAUUACCAGUUCUCUAACGAGAGCCUUAUUGUCGAUCGAUCCAACUCAUCUGCAGCCGCAGCCACGACGCCGGGGAUUAACACAGACAACGAAAGUGGGAAAUUCCGCCUCUUCGAUGUCCCAGACGGCAACAGUUCCACGAUUGAGACUUUGCGUAUCACAAUUGUGGUGGAUGGUGGGGUAGUGGAAGUGCAUGUGAAUGACCGUUUUGCGCUCAGCACCUGGAUUUGGACAUGGUUCGAAGACAGCAGACAUAUUCGAUUCAUCGCGGAGGGUGGCGAGGUUGAAUUCAGCGAAGUGACUAUAUGGGAGGGCCUCGUGGACGCAUGGCCGCAGCGCGCUUGA